AGCAAAAUGGAGUUAAUAAGUGAUGACUGUACAACAGGAUUUAAUUAAUAAUACUAUACAACGUAAUUAAUGAAAUUACAUAGAUGAUAAUGAUAAAUCGAUAGAUAUAUUAUCUAUUGUAUAUGUUAAAUGACAUAUACGUUCAUAAAACAGCUUAUUAAAGUAAUGACAUAGCACUGUAUAUUUCGGUAUAAUUUUCGGAUAAGAUAGCAUCCGGAAUUUUGUUUACGCAAUAGACAUUUAAGCUUUAUUCGAUUAGAAAACAAAUCGAAAUGAUAUUUUUCUCUUCUGGAGGUGAAUUUAACAUAAAACUGGUUAUUGGUUGACAGUCAGAAAUUUCAUUUUGAUUGCAAGGAAGCCUGCUUUUUAAGACAAAAAUGAUGGCCACAAUGGACCUUGGUGCCCAGGGAGUGGGCGAGGAGGUGACAGAGCUGGCUGAGUACAUAAAGGAGAAGAUCUGGCAGGAUCCGCUGGCAGCAGAUCUGCAGUGGAGUCUGUUCAUAGCAGCAUUGCGCAACUACAGAGUGGACACUGUGCUGAGACCCUUUCCUCCCAUGUUCCUUAAUGGAGAAGAAAAAGACCUGAACGCUUUGCAAUCUGCAGUUUCUGAAAUCCCAUCUUUGUCUCGACUUACAAGGGAGGUCCAUAAAAUGCCCAAUAAGCAGUUGGAGUUGGUCAAGUGGGUUAUGGACUCCAGGUCAUUCACUCUAUCUAAUGUUGGCACCACAAAGUUUUCAGAUAUAAAAAAGUUAACUGGACAUAGUGUAAAAGUGACUGAGCCCAAUUACAUUUUUGAAGUGCAGCCUAGUGCGCAGGCGGAUGAGAAGUUUGCACACCUCCAGGGAGACAGGGGCCUGCUGUAUGCCUACCAUGGCAGCCGCCUGGAGAACUUUUACUCCAUACUGCACAACGGGCUGGCCUCACACAUGAAUAAGACGUCAGUGUUUGGUGAGGGUACCUAUCUCUCCGGGGAGCUGUCGGUGUCAAUCAUCUACAGUCCAAACGGCACAGGCUGGGACCUCAGUGACCUGGGCAACCAGCUCAGCUGUGUGGCAGUGUGUGAGAUGAUAGAUGACCCAGCAGUCAAGUGCCAGAACAAACCAUACAGCUCAGAGAAAGGCAGUGCUGUGCUAGCAGCCAGGGCGCGGGCCAAUGCUGGACCCAGUGAGGGAGGGGAAGUACCCGAGAAGUAUUAUGUCGUACAAAACAACGAAGUCAUACGUGUGAAAUACAUCUUAGUGUAUGCUCAGAAGUCUUCAUCUCACAUAUCCAACAGCAGGAGUCGGAAGUCGUGGAUCAAGGAGCACCGUUUCCUGCUGAUGGUGGUAGCCUACGCGGUGAUCCUGUGUUCAAUAGGCCUUGCAAACUCCCACACCUUUCACCUGUACUGGCGACGCCUCUGGAGAAGGAGAUAGUCCUCUGUGAAGCAACGCAUUCAUCAUUUAUGUUUAGCCAUGUUCUGGGAAAACUGGGCUUAAUUCAUGUGCAUAAAGUGUUGUCUCAGAAUUGCCUGUGCAGCCGCGCAUGCUUUUCAAUGAAAACACUUUUUGUCUAGACUGGACUGUUGUUUUAAAGCGACUUUAUGUAAACCCAAAACUCCAAAACAUAAACAAUGUCUACCUUGGUUAGCCUGUGCAAACUGCUGAGACUAAUCUUGGGUGACACUUAAUGCACAUGUAUUAAACCCAGUUUGUUACUUUGCUAUCCUCAGCUGCUGGCAGGACUCUCUUUGGGUAAACAAUUAAAGCUCUCUUUAGCUUGAAAACAAUGUAAAAUUAUCUUUUGGCAAAAUAUAGCCUUGGUAACAAUUAGUGAAUGGCAUGUAAUAAUUUUUGUUAAUAUUAAAUUUAAUAUUCAAUAUUUAUUCGCAAAAUAUAAUGCUGGAUUUGUUGCUGUCGGGUUUAAUUCAGGAAAGCCUUGUGGGAUGAAAGUUCAAACCACAAGAUAUGCAAUUUUAGUACCCUACAUGUGUUUUACUGUAGGUGACUUUAGGUUGCCCUCUGUCUGUCAUUUCAUGACUCCGUCCAUUCAUAUGAGUGGAUGAAGUCAGAAGUACGGAAUAUACUUUUAAGAAAUAUGGUAUACUUGCUUAUGGCAAACUUAUAAUUGCAUUACAGCAUUUGAUAUGAUCAGGAAACCAUGUAUAUCAACCAGAUAGGAUUCGUCAAUGCCACCAUAAUUCUAUUUGUUCAUCUAUUUCCAAAAAGGUAGCUUAUUGAAAUAGAAAUAAAAGUUACAACUUUAAUAUUUGGAAUGGAUAUAAAAUUAGGAAUACACUUUGUUAGCAAUUUGAGGUUUUAAGUCAAUAUUUUAUCAAGAGUUCAAACAAAUAUGAUUUUGGGUUUUGUAUUUUAAAACAGUACCCAUAAUUUAUGCAAAUAAAGGACAAUAUGACGGUAAAUCACAAUAUUUAAUUGAUAUGUCAUUUCACCUGUAGGGGAAUCCAAUACUGCAAUAUUGAUCUUGUAUUAUUUAUAUUUUAUGUACUUUGGUUGCUUUUUCCCCCAUAAAUAAUUCACACACUUUAACAAAAUGUAUGUGCGUAUUGUUGUUGUUAGCUCACUUAAAAAUGUGCUUAUGGUGAGCUUUUAUGAUCAAUUUUUUCUGUCAUGCUUACCCAGUUUAGAUUGUCAACAUUGACCUUGUGAACUCUGCAGAGGUCACAUUAUCUGCCCAUUCUUUAUGAAAUGUGGUUAGAAGAUUUUUCCCAAUAUAUCUUGUCUGAGUUAGAAUCUAUGUCAUGGGGCGUAAACAAUUGGGGCACUAGGUCACAUUUUCAAAAAGGCUCGUGAAUACUGUAGAAGUAUUAUUUUUGUCCGAUUUUCAUUGAACUUUAGGAUUAACCCUUUACCACUUAGAUACGUAUUUUGAUGCAUUUGUAGUCUUUAAGAAAGUUACAUUUCAUUAAAUACAUUUCUUACUGUAUUCAAGUUUUAAAGACUUCAUUGCAAACCCUUAGUUACUGAUGAGCAGCAAACAGCAUUAAAACCUGAACAGACUGCAAGUUACUCACAGGCUGUUCUGGUUUUAUGCUGGUUGCAUUUUUAUUUGAAAUCGUUAUGUUUAUUUUAAGGUUUCUUAUAUUUCUUGUUAUUUAUAUAUUAAUGGGCAAUGUUGUACAUUUGCAAGGAAUUGGAUGCUUUUUUAUUAUUUAAUGGACAUAGAAUAUCAUAUUAGCAUGUUUUAUGAUUCGUUUGAAAUCCAAUAUAUAGAGUUCUUGUUAGUGGCUGAAGAUUUGUUGUUAUUUAUGGACAAUUAUUCCUCAUUUCUUUGCUAUUCAUCUUACAGGAUAGAUUUUUUUCAUCACUUAUGCUUGAACCUUGAAAAGAACAAUUUCAUCAGUGAUAUUUGUGCUGUUUUACAAAGACUUUUGUUAAGCAAAGAAGGAAAAUAUCCAGCCUCAAUGCCUUAAGGCCUCGUUUUUCAUCUGAAAAGCUUUCAAAGCUUUAUGUCUUCUUGCCAUAGUUAAAAUGGAGGUGAGAUUAAGGACUGUAUUUUUAUGGAGAAAUCUGCAGAUUAUACUGAAAGCAUCUUGUAUGGGAACUAAUAGUUCUGUUUGCAUGAUAAUCAAGAGCAGGAUGAUAGUUCAAAUAUUGAAGAUUUUGUAUUUCUUCGUAAUUUUAUAUUUAAUAGUAAUUGACCAUAAAAGUAUGUACAUGAAAAUAACUGCUAAACUAUCAGAAUGAUAGAUGAAUCAUAGAAAUGCUCUUUCUUUGAUAAAGACACACCCUUCCUAAAAAGGAUGCAUACUUAUAACACCUAUGACACAAAUAUUUAUCUAGCAUCAAUAAUAAGUUGAUUUAUUAAGAGUUUGUUUAUAAAUAUACAGCUUUUCUUGAUCAUUUUCUAUAAAAACGAAAUCCUUUAAUAAUUGUGAAUAUGAAAAUAUAUUAUUAUUUAUAAUACUUAUAAGCCAUUAAUAUGCCUCUCCCAGCAUUUAUUGCUGAACUAUUUACAGAAUAGUCCAAGCUUUACUACUUGGCCUAAUGUUGGCUUCAGCUUUGGCAUCUGCCUUAUGCUCUGGACAAGGUAACCAUGCAGCAUCUCCAUAUCACUAUUUCUACUCCAGGUAUUAUAUUGAAACUUGACACAAUUAUUUAAGGUUAUUGUGUUAGGACACUCAUAAAGUUCCAUGAGUCUUAUCUUCAAUUUAGCAGAAUAAUAACCAUUUUUGUGCUGAACUAAUUGGUUGUGGUAAAUGUACAACAUCUCCAUAUUUCUGGUUCUACUACAUAUAUUCAUUUUACUCCACUUAUGUGUUUGAGUUCAUUAGGUCCCUGACCAAGUACCAUACAUGUGACCAGCAAUACAGACGAAGUAACGUAAAUGUGACUAAAAAUUUAGCAGAACUAUGUCCCUUUUUGUUCUUAAGAAAUUGGUAAGGUAAGCAUUGUAAACAUGCAACCACUCCAUAUCAUCAUUUCUACAUUUGUUCUUUUGGUACAUAACCCUUACCCACUCAGAAGCAAAGUGAAAAUGGCUAUGUGCAAACAGCAUAAGACCAGAACAGCCUGCAAGUAACUCGCAGUCUGUUCAGGUUUCAUGUUGUUUGCUGCUCAUCAGUAUCUAAGGGUUGGAAAUGAAGCCUUUAAACUUGAAUCUAGUAUAAAAGGUAUUUAAUUUAAAGGUGACUUUCUAAGGGACUACAAAUGUGUGAAAAUAUGUAUCUUAGUGGUAAAGUGAUUACAAAUUAUGUGAGGUCAAUGACCAUGUUCUAUUACUCAGACCUGCAAUAUAUCAGAAUUAUGCCAAUUUUUUAAACUUAAAGUUUCAAAUCAACAAAAUAUCCAUAUAACUGUUUUCAAUACAGGUAUUCUAUUGAAACUUCACACAUUUGUUUAAGGUAAUUGUGAGAGGUCACUGGCCAAGUUCCAUAAUUGGGAUCUGCAAAUAAGCAGAAUUAUGCUUUCUUUUUUUCAAAGAAAUCUGGUUGACGUAAGUGUGCAACAUCUCAAUAUCCCUAUAUCAACUACAGGUAUUGAAAUAAUACUUAACAUUAACCCUUUACCACUUAGAUAGGUAUUUAACCCUUUACCACUUAGAUACACAAUUUGACGCAUGUGUCGUCCCUUAGAAAUUAAAAUUUAAUUUAAGACCUUUCUUACUAGAUUCAAGUUUUUUGAUACUGAUAAGCAGCAAACAGCAUAAACCUGAACAGACUGCGAGUUAAUUGCACAUAGCCAUUUACACUUUGCCUCUGAGUGGGAAAGGGUUAUACUACUACCAUACUACUUUACAAUACAAUACUAUAUAACUACUACAGAUAUCCAACUUCAAAUAUGUCUGUGUGGUCUUUAUAUUAGCUUAAGAAAACGUAGAUUAUACUUUCAACGCGGAAGAAUAAUCAAGCUUGCUGUCUUGGGAUAUCGCUUGUUGAAGAAGAUAAAGUGAAAACAGUGAAAUUAAUGUACACAAUAGUUAUUUUUUCUUCAUUGCAUGUAAAAAAAGACAUGGUCUUGUCUACAAAUUAUUAAAUUGAAUUUUAUACUUUGUACUUUAUAGUUUAUAUAUAUUUAGCAUUUUAUGCAAACUUAAUGUUUGUUUUAAUUGUUUUGAAUUUGUUUGGUUAGUGAUCUGUUUAUGAAUAUUUUAACAGUUUGGUAGCACUGACUUUGUAUGAAUAACUUAUUCUGUUAUGUUGUGCUCCAAUAAUUGGAGAGUGAUUUUUCAAUCGAAAUCCUUUCCUAGUCUUGCUUUUAGGUUAUCAUUAUUUCGGCAAUCAUUUUGUUCCUGUAUAAUGUACAGCAUUUUGAUACAUUUUUAUGCUCCCGGUAGGGUGGCAUAUAGCAGUUGAACUGUCCGUCAGUAUGUCAGUCCGUCCGUCCGAAAAAAAACUUUAACAUUGGCCAUAACUUUUUUACUAUUGAAGCUAGCAACUUGAUAUUUGGCAUGCAUGUGUAUCUCAUGGAGCUGCACAUUUGGAGUGGUGAAAGGUCAAGGUCAAGGUCAUCCUUCAAGGUCAAAUGUCAAAUUUAUGGCGUCUGUCCGUCUGAAAACUUUAACAUUGGCCAUAACUUUUUCAAUAUUGAAGAUAGCAACUUGAUAUUUGGCAUGCAUGUGUAUCUCAUGAAGCUGCACAUUUUGAGUGGUGGAAGUUCAAGGUCAAGGUCAUCCUUCAAGGUCAAAGGUCCAAAAAAAUAAAAAAAUUCAAAGCGGCGUUCUCAUAAAGCUGCACAUUUUGAGUGGUGGAAGUUCAAGGUCAAGGUCAUCCUUCAAGGUCAAAGGUAAUUUUUUUUAUAUUAAAAAUCAAAGUGGCGCAAUAGGGGGCAUUUUGUUUGUGACGAACACAUCUCUUGUUAAAAAUAUGUAUUGAUUCUUGUGUUUGUAUUGUUAAAUAUGACACAAUUGAACUUGUUUAGUAUCUAAAAGUAAUAUUUGUACAACACGUGUGUUAAUUAAGUCAAUUAAGUCAAUUAAGAAUUUAUGCUAAGAGAAACACUCCACUUGAAACAAGUAUGUUAAAUAUUAAAAACAUGUUUUUAUCACCUCUUAAAUGAACUAAUGAAUUAAUUCUUUAGUCAAAUUAAGAGUGCAGGCAUGUUCAUGAGCAAUAAUGUACAUAGAAAGGAUAAAUUGAUUCAUACAUAAUUGUCCCAAAGGAUACUUGUUUCAUGCUUAUUAUUAUGACAAAUAUGAGCAGCGUCUUUCGUAAAUGGAGCUUAUUCCGCAUGUGACCAACCUGUGCAUUUCAGUGUGGUCAGAGGCUGGUUUUAUGAGAUUAAGAAUCAUUGUAUUAUUUGUGUCUUGUUCUGUGAAAAUUGGGCAAAAUGCAUGUGCGUUAAGUGUCGUCCCAGAUGAGCCUGUGCAGUCCGCACAGGCUAAUCAGGGACGAUGCUUUCCGCUUUAAUGGUAUUUUUAGUUUAAAGGAAGUCCCUUUUUACCGAAAAUCUAGUUUAAGCGAAAAGUGUCGUUCCUGAUUAGCCUGUGCGGACUGCACAGGCUAAUCUGGGAUGACACUUUACGCACAAGCAUUAUGCCCAGUUUUAUCAGAACAAGUCACAUUUGAUAGAGGAUAGCUUAGCUCCUGGACAGACUGGGCGAAUGCACAGGUUGGUCUUGAUCUACCCUGGCCUCUUAUGGCAUAAGACACAUUUUCGCAGGAUUCAGCUCAUUUAUUGUGUAAUAUUCUUCAUCACCUGUUGAGCUUGAACCCCACUUAAUUAUCUGUUUAUUAUCUCAUUUGUUAUUCUUUUUUUGCUGAUAUACAUGUGAACUAGCUCUACGAGAAAUCCUUUUUACUUUUAUUGCUCUCUGUGAUUGUUUUGAUGAGAUUUUGUACUUGACUUGUCUUGUUUGUCUGUGAUGAUUUGUUGACUUUGAAGUUUUCUUGACUCGAUAAGUGCCUUUAAGUUCCUAGCUUGCUGUAUUUUGACUGAAAACCGUAGUCAGGGACACUAUUAAAAGCUGUGCUUUGGGGAAACAUGACUUAUGCAUAUGCGAAAAGUGUCGUUCCAGAUUAUCCUGUGCACAGGCUAAUCAGGGACAACUCUUUCAGCUUUUAUGGAAUUUAUAUUAAAAGGAGGUCUCUUCUCAAGGUUGAAAGUGUUGCCCCUGAUAAGCCUAUGUAGACUGCACAGGCUAAUCUAGGACGACACAUUACUCACAUGCAUUAAUGCUGGUAGAUCCAGAGCAAGGCUCAAUAUUCUACAUUCAAACAUUGUGUUCCCGUAAUUAGUUUGAUAUAAAGUGUUUGCAGGCCCCGGAAAACUAACUAUUUGUGAGAUGGAUAUCUGUUGAAUGUCUUUAUUUGUGUUCAUAUUGUUUCACCAGCCUUAAUGGUUUCAAGGGAUGAAUUGUUAUUGUAUAUUUUGAUUUAUUUGAUUGUAUUCACUAGUAUUAAUCUAUUAAAGGAAAAGUAUAAUUAUAAGAGAAAAUUUAUAUGCAGUUUUAUAUAUCCAAAUAUGCAAUGCUUGUAUGGUAUAAUUUUGUGUGUUGCCUGAAUACAAAAAGGAAAUGUUGAACCGCUUCUAUCAUUUACGCAAGUGUCUAAUGAAUAUUGUUUUCCUUUU